AUAUGGAAAAGUGUUUAAGUUGCGUUUGGGAGCAAUGGAUGCCAUAGUUCUCAAUGAUUUUGAUUCAAUUAGUGAAGCAUUUAAAAAGGAUGAGUUCUUAGGACGGCCUAAAAGUGUGGCAUUUAAUGUGUUGAUGGAGUUGAAGGGAUUUGGUACAUUAAGUGGUAACGAAUGGAAAGAACAAAAAAGAUUUACUUUAUAUCAGUUAAGAAAUCUGGGUUUUGGUAAGAUAUCGAUGGAAAAGCAUAUUAACGAUGAAAUGAUUGAUUUAUGUCAACGUAUUUAUCAACUCAAUGGUAAACCCGUUAAAAUUCGUACACUUCUUGCAUCGAGUACUUCCAGCAAUAUAUCUGCACUUGUAUUUGGUAAACGGUUUGCUUAUACUGAUCCAAACAGAGCAAUAUUAGAUGAAUGCAUUGAAAGAGCUAUUAGAAAGUUAGGUCAAACCGGAUUCAUAACAUUUUUUCCAUCAUUUGCUAAAUUUUGUGCAAAUUUGGGUUUAUUUGGAUUAAAUGAAGUAAAAAAGGAUUUCAUGAUUGUUAACAAUUAUAUUAGAAAACAAAUCAAUGAACACAAACAAACAUUGGAUGACAACUAUAUUCGUGAUUAUAUCGAUGCCUUUCUUGUAAAAAUGAAAAAUGAAAAUAUGACUAAAACUUCAUUUACGUUGGAUAUGUUAGCCGGUAAUGUUCAGGGAUUUUUCGCUGCCGGCACUGAAACCGUCAAAACAAGCAUAGAGUGGGCGCUUCUCAUAAUUGCUGAUCACCAACACAUUCAACGAGAAGUACAGACAGAAAUAGAUAAUAUCUGCGGUCGACAAGUAUUUCCCUCUUGGAGUCAGAGAAAUGCUAUGCCAUUGACUCAGGCAGUCAUUAAUGAGAUAUUUCGCUGGAAAACAAUCUCUCCGUUAAAUUUGCUGAGAAUUACCACAAAUGAUACAUCAGUUGAUAAUUAUACCAUUAAAAAGGAUACCGUAGUUAUUGCUAAUUUAUGGGCCGUACACAAUGAUCCACUCUAUUGGGUAUCACCCCAUCAGUUCAAUCCAUACAGAUUUCUUAGUGAUGACAGAAAACAAAUGCUUAAAUAUGAUAAUUUGAUUCCCUUUUCAAUAGGUAAAAGGUCGUGUCCGGGGGAGUCAUUAGCACAGACAGAGAUAUUUGUUUGCUUUACUGCUUUGUUGCAAAAGUUUAAUAUAAGUCCUAUCAAUGAAGUCUCAUAUGAAGAAGACAUGGGAUUAAUAUUACGCCCAAAACAUGCGGUUACUCUUCGCUUUGAACCAAGACUUUAA